AUCCAGCACAAGAACCUACCAUGAGUGUUUUCAUCCGAGGGCCAGCAGCCGAGGAGGACACUGACCCGGAGAAGCGGAUUCGAAAUGCGGUGGCUCAGAGCCCCGUUUUCGCAGAGGCUGAGGGUGAGGUUGUCGAGCUGCUCGUAGCAACAUUCGUGGAGCAUAUAGAUGACCUGGAAAAAGCGAGCAAUCUCGAAGCGAUCAAGCAGGAGUAUUUUGAGGAUGCGAUAGAAGCAGCAGGCGCGGACCUAGUGGACGGCUUCAUCACUCUGGCAGCAGAGAUUGGAUUGCUUUUGCUGCCAGACUUGGUACAACGAGCAGAGGGAGGCGUCGGGUCGAAGACUGGACGGAAGGAAGCUGACGAAGAUGACAAGAAGAGUAGCGUUGACGGCACUUCUGGGGAGCAAGACGAGGAUGCCAAGCAGGUGCCCGUAUCUUCAGGAGGCAACAACAAGGCCGCUCCAUCAAGUUCAUCUAGAAGCAGUUCUUCGAACAAGAAAGACAAAGAAAAACUCGUUCCAGCGCACAUGGCGCGCAGCCUCGCCAGCACCUCUGCCGCAGCUAGAGAAGCAUUGUUAGGAGGAGAUCGUAGGAACAAAGCUAUCGGCCACAGUUCCAAACGAGAACGUGAGGAAGCAGCGUUCGUCUCUAAGGUGCAACAAGCAGCGCAAAAGUAUGCUGCGCAAGAUCGGGAAGCAAAAGAACGGGAAACGCAAUUGCGUGCCUUCUUCACUUCGAACGGUAAGACUGGCCAAGGAGAGGUGCAGAGUACUUCUUCCGGCGGACGUUUGACUUCGGGGAAUCUACAGAACAAUGCAGCUGAUAGAAGAGACAUCGGCCGCCAGACAGGAGCGACCUCGGAAGUGACAGCAGGAGCUGCCGGACGAGCAUCCUCUUCGUCUUCGCAACAUCAUUCUACAUCUACUACAUCUGGAUUUGCAUCCUCGACUAGAGUUAAUGUAUCGGAGAAUACGAAUAGGCGACAAGUGAAGACGUCAGCAGCCUUUGCUAGUUUAGAGGAGGAGCAAGCAUUUGCGGAAGAUUGCGUGGACGAAGCCAAGGACUUUUUACGCCGGGUCGGCGAACCCGUAACCCUCUUCGGCGAAACCGUGUGGGAUCGGUAUCUGCGAUACCGCGAGUGCGAAUUAGCGCACCGUGAUGUAGGAAAACUCCUCACUGACUCGUUGACUGGCGGAUUGACCGUCGAAAUGGCUCUGAAAAAGCAGGAGGAGCAUCGAGAGGGAGACGAUGAGGAUGAAGAAGACAGUGACGAUGCUGAGGCAGACGGAGGACAAGCUGGGAUCACGGACGCAAAUGAAAAUGUUGGGGCAAAUGGCAAACGUCCAUCUGGAGACGAAAUGUCUUCAAGCCACAGCAGUGCGCAGGAGCAAGAAGAGAAUGAGCUUGACUCGACAGCCAGAUCCAAAGCGGAUUUUCUGAAACGAAGGCGACUGAUGCAGCAGCCCUCCGACGAGAGGGACGCGGUUCCUUGGAGGCAGACACAGUGGAAAAUGAGCAGCACUGAGCUGUUUGAACUCGAUCUCAAGGAACGAGCAGCCAAAGACACGCGAAGACGACAAGGUGGAGAAGAUGACUCCCCAAACAAUUGCAGCACAUCAACUAGGACUACGACGAAUAAAGAUGGUGGAGGGAGUACUAGUGGCUCUCAGGCACGACCAGGUAAAAACCCCCAGGGAGCAGAGCGUUUCUCAGCUGUCUCAUCGUGGAUUCAAGAGACCCUAAAAGAGUGGGAAUCGGACCUUUUCCAAGUAGCGAGUCUAGACCUCGAUACAAUAGACGAUCGCGCAGCCGUCACGAGAGGACUGGCAACCUCAAUGUCUAAUUCAUCGCCAGCAUCUGCGAAACCAGAGAAAUUUGCGUCGUCCAAUUCCAAUUCAACAACAGCAGCAGCAGAAGACAAGCAGUUGCGUCGCCGCGUGGGCAAAUUUCCGAAACAGCAGUAUAGGGAAGCAAAAUUGUGCCUAAAGCCUUUGCGCAAACUUCUGAAAGAGCAAUCGUUAGAGGAGGCAAUCUUGGAGAGCCUGUGCUUAAUGCAGCGACUGUGCGAGGAGCGCAAUUACAUCGGUGCAAAUGCCGAAUACAUGAAAUUGGCGAUAGGCAACGCAGCCUGGCCUUUAGGGGUGACGCAAGUAGGCAUCCACGAGCGCGCGGCAAGAAGCGCCAUUGCAGAAGACAAAGUUGCGCAUGUUCUAUCCGAUGAAGCGACGCGGAAAUACAUCCACUCUUUCAAGCGCUUGAUCAGUUACAAACAAGAGAAGCAUCCGACAUGAAGGACUGUCUACCUUGUUGAUCUGCGCCUAUAAUUGUUAACACUUCCUUAGACAUCAAACUCGUUCUUUAGCACCCACUGUUGUCCUUCCCUCCGCUUCAACGCUCAUUACUUAAGGAUGGCUGUCCCCCCGAAUUCUGGAUCUCCCCAAGAAUCUUUUCUCAAGAACCACGUUAGCAAGUACCCACUUAACACCAGAGAUCCCCGAUCAACUCGUCAGACUUCCCUUUGGUGCAAAAGCACUUAUGGGAGGCUUCGCGGGAGGAUGAAUACCUUUCUACCGUAC